AUGUAUUUUGAAUCAUUAGCAAAUGAAUUAUUACUUGAUAUAUUUGAAUUCUUCGAUGGAAUUGAUUUAUUUCGUUCUUUUUAUGGUUUAAAUACUCGAUUUAACAAUUUACUUUCUACUCAUUUUCAUCCUUAUCGAUUUGAUUUUCGUUCAAUAUCUAAACAUGAUUUUAAUUUUAUUUGUCAUCACUGUCUCCCAUUAAUAAUCGAACGAAUUAUUUCCUUAAAACUAUCUAAUGAUGACGAAACUCCAAAUCUACCUAAUUUUCUUUUUUCCUAUGGUUUUACUCUUGAUAAAUUCAUUCGUUUACAGUCACUUUCACUUUAUUCAAUUUCAUCAUUUAAAGAAUUAAAUGAUAUUAUAGUUCGAUGUCAUCAACUUCCAUAUUUAACACAUCUUUAUUUAAUUGAUGGUGCCAAUGAUGGUGAAAAAAAAGAUACACAACUUUUAUUUAAUAAUAUUUGGCAUUUAAAAAAACUUCAUCAUUUAUCUAUUAACUAUAUUUUAUUAGGUAAAUUAUGUUUAAGUAGAAUUUCUGUUGAAUCAUUAUCAAUUCAAUAUUUAUAUAUUGAAAAUAUAACUUGUGAUUUAAAAAAUCUUUUACAUUUAUUUAAAUAUACACCUAAUCUUCGAUAUUUAAAUGCAGCUAUUCAUUAUAAUGUUGCAGAUGAACAAAUACCAAUACAAAUUUGUUCAAUAACAUCAUUAAAAUUAACAUUUGAAAGUUCUGUUCCAGUUAUGAUAAAACUUUUUCAAAUGAUGCCAAAUUUAUAUAGUUUAACAUUAAAAACAAUGGAUAUUUAUUUAAGUGGAAAUAAAUGGAAAAAAAUUCUGCUAAAUUAUUUACCAAAAUUACAAAUAUUUCGAUUAAGAAUGUAUUUUGAAUUUCCACAUGAGAAAAAUAUUAAUGAACAAUUUGAAAAAUUAAUAAAUACAUAUCGAAGUUCAUUUUGGAUUAAAAAACAUCAAUGGUUUGUACAAUGUGAUUCUAUUCCAUUUGGUACAUAUAAUCAUGGGAUACUUUAUACAUUACCAUAUGCAUUCAAUUCAUUUAUUUGUUAUGAUACACUAAUAUCAAAAUAUACUUGUCCAGAUGAAAAAACCUAUUGGCGUUAUAAACAUGUUAAUAGUUUACAAUAUAUGAAAUAUAAAAUAAAUCCAACGGAUUAUUUAAAUAUUUUACCAAUUCAAUUUCCAAAUAUUCAACAUUUAAAAAUUGGUUUUCCUUUCGACGAACAAUUUUAUUCAUUUAUCCCAUCAUUAAAUCAAUUAAAAUCACUUGAAAUUGUAUUAGGUGAAAAUUAUAUAUAUCAACAAUUACAAACAUUAAUUAAUUUAUCACCAUGUCUUUAUUCAUUAAGAUUAUUCUAUUCAUUUGAUUCAAAAGUAUCUGUUAAACAAAUAACAAGCUCAUCAAUACGUCGUCUAAGUUUUAUUACAAAAUGUUCAAUGACACUAGCAUAUUUUAAUAACGAUGAAUGUACUGAUUUAGCUUAUUCACAACUUGGACAACAGUGUGAAGUUCUAGUAAUUAAAAUUGAAAAUCGAAAUAAUGUUUUAAUUCUUAUUAAUAUAAUGAAAAAUCUUCGAUCAUUAGUUGUUCAAUGUAAAGUUGAUACAUGGGAUAAAAGAAAUACAUCAUUAAAUGAAGAUGAACUUGUUGAAUGGUUACGUUUAUCUUUACCAUCAACUUAUUCAAUUUGUAGAGAUACAAAUGAAACAUCAUAUAUUCGAAUAUGGAUAGGUGAAAACAUAAAUAACACUUUUUUAUCACAUUAG